UCCUGUUUUCCUCCCUCGGAGCAGAGCGCGGUUCGGAGCAGAGCCGAGUGGACCGGGCCCGGUCAGGACGGUACCAUGAGGGCCGCUCUGCACUUGGCUUGGGUUUGGAUCUUUUGGAGCUUAGCCCGGCCGAUCAGCGCGUGGCGGCCCGUCCGUUUGCCCCCGGGUCACGGUCAGGAGCAGGGACAGUCCUCUCCUCCUCCUUCUCCUCUUCCUCCGCUCUCUACACUAGAAGCUCUGCCAAGUUUCAGUGCGCCCGUGUGGGACUUUGUACAAGAGAGUGGACGAAGCCGAGAGCCGUCUACUUUUAACCCUCUUUUGUGUCGCUGCAGCAAAGAAACUCUUCACCUUCGUUUCUCUCUUUUACGACACAGAAGUCUCAGAUUUGAAGAUGGCUCUCCGCUGCUGUCGCUGCCUAAAAGUUGCCUCAGCUCCACCAAUUUCUAUAAGAAGUGGCUCUUGGUGAAGCUCAACCUAAAGGAUUGUGGUCCCAAGAAACCGACUUCAGCAAAGAAGUGGAGACUGAAGUUGUUUUAUUUUGACGUUUUCCUGAAGAAGAGGAGGAUUGGUUCAGUCCGGUGUGAUCAGACCGAGACCGAGGCAGUGGUGACCUGUUCAGAAACACACGUCACUCUGAAAAUAUCUGCAGGAGCUGAAGUCAAGGCUGUCAAAACACUUGGUCGAUCAACCGGUGAAGAUUUUACUGUGAGACAAUGGAGAAGAAACACAGAUUUGUUUGUAGAGAUUUCUCAACUUAAAGACAGGGUUUCUGACUUUGAUGUAAUUUAUUUCGACUGGAAAAGAAAACUUCACUCAGUGCAGGUGACAUGUUCCUCCAGUCAGCCAAAAUCUAAAGAGAGAAGGUCUGUCCUUCCAAUCUCCCAUGAUACACCUCUCUCCAAAACGAAGGUAAUUCCAAGAUCCAAGAUGGCAUCUGCUUCUUCGACCUCAAAUCGACAAAGAGUGCACACAAGAUUUCGUAAUUUUUGGGGAUUCCGCGAAAUACCUAAAACCGCAUAUAAAGAGGUGGCUGUACCAAAAACUACUGCUACUUCUACUACUACUACUACUACUACUACUACUACUACAACUACUACAAAAGCUAUUGGAAAGCGCAAGAAAUGCAAAAAUUGUGCAAGACGAAAGAAGAAAAAAUAUCAAGGCGAUAGAAGAUUGUAUAAUAUGUGGGGAUUUGCUACAAUCCCUAAAAAGCCAUUUAUAGAAUCUGUUGAGGUCAAGCCAACGUUGGCACCUACUACUACAGCAAGCAGCGACAUUACACAGAGUACCAAUGGCGUAUAUGGUACUACGAAAUGCAUUACUUCUACCACUACCUCUUAUAUUGAUUGUGAAACCUUAGUUUUGAGAAUUAAAAACAGGAGAGAGAGAAUUUACAAUAUGUGGGGAUUUGACACAAUUCCCAGUGAUAAUAGAAUAGAUAUGACAAAAGAUGCAACAAGUCCUGCACCUCAAAGCAAGAUUACAACUACAUCCAGCUAUACAAAUGGGCAGGAAAGUAGUGGAAAAACUGCAGUAUUGUCUGGUAUGGUAAAUCAGUCAACUAUCAAUAAUUUCCUAUUGAUCAAUACAAAGGCACAGGGCAGAGAAACUCCAACUGCAAGUUCAAAUGUUGGUGCGUUAUUUACAACAGAAACUGUUGUAAAUGACACAAUUAAAACUGCAAAUCUAACAACAUUUGAUAGAAUUUUUUCAACUAUUCCAGUACGUCAAGAAUUUCGAACUUCAAAUGCAAUGUUAACAACAACUAAAAUUGUUAGUACAAAUGCACAGACUAGUGAAAGUCCAGUUCUUGCAGAUUUUAAAACUGAGAGUUCAACUACGAGUGGUGCAAUUCCAUUUACAACUUUAAAAUCAGACGUAACCCACACAAGUCCUACCGCUACGACAGUAAAUACUCAAGUAACUUCAAGCAAACUAGAUGGGCAAGCUAUGAUUAAAGUGAACGGCUCUUAUGUAAACCAGUUAUUUACGUAUACAAGAUUGGACUCCUCAACUCUGCAACCAAGAUCAAGUACUACUACAACUACUACUAUUCCUACUACCACUUCCGCUACUGUUACUACUGUUCAUACUACUGCUGCUACUUCCAGCACUGCUACUACUACUACGACUUCCACAACUACUACGACUUCCACAACUACUACUACCACUUCUACUGCUGCUACUACCACUGUUACUGUUUCUACUAUUCCUAUUACUACUACCACUUCCACUGCUACUACUACUAUUCCUACUACUACUUCCGCUACUGUUACUACUGUUCAUACUACUGCUGCUACUUCCAGCACUGCUACUACUACUACUACUACGACUUCCACAGCUACUACGACUUCCACAGCUACUACGACUUCCACAGCUACUACAACUUCCACAACUACUAUGACUUCCACAACUACUACUACCACUUCCACUGCUGCUACUACCACUGUUACUGUUCCUAGUACUAUUCCUUUUACUACUACCACUUCCACUGCUACUACUAUUACUAUUCCUACUACUACUUCCUUUUCCACUUCUACUACUACUGCUAGUACCACUACUACUAUUGUUACUACCACACACAGACCUAUUACUACUACUACCACUGAUUGUACAACCACUGUUACUCCUACUACUUCUCCUAGUAUUGUCACUACUACAAACUCGACCAUCAGAGAGUUAUUCAAUGACAUGGCCUAUGAUGAUUUUGACAUUUAUGACAAUCCAAUGUCUAAAAUAGACACAAAUACACAAGCUACUCCUGCCGUUUUAACAACAAAAAUCAAUUCUACUACAUUGUCAACCAGUGCUAAGCAACCAUUAAAAUUAAGAGCGUUUGAGGCUAAGCAGAAAUCCGGCCUCCCUAACAAUGAGUGCUACUUCUGCAAGCACUACCAAUGCAAUUUUAGCGACUACAGCAUCUACCAAAAAUAUAUCCACUUUGAAAGUAAAGGUCCCCAGGUGGAGGAUAACUUUACCAGGAAAGACUGGAUUGUCAAACAUGCAUAA